CGUGAAGCAAACAAAGAUCUAGCGCCUCGCUCGACUGGAGAAUCAGCGACAUACUAUGCCUUUCGUCGUGCACACCUAGGAACCUCCACACCGUCUACCCCUCUAUCCUCCACAUUUAACCAGGCCGUGCUUCUUGGCCGGCAACGGGCGCCCGCCGUGCCCAAUCACAGCCACCAUGGAAGGACACAAGCGUUCCAAGUCGCAGAGCGUCAAGCACAUGCUGAGUAGGGUGACCUCGAAGACGGAAGGAGGAUCAUCGACACCUGCAGAAGGCAGCACCACGAACACGGCCAACAACUCGCCGCCCAACUCGUCGCAAGCGUCGCUGAGCUCGCCAGUAACGGGCCACCAGCGCAGUCUCUCCAAGAAGCUGCCCCCGAAUCUGCCGGCCACCAUGUCGACAGCGGGCGGCCCCAGCGAGGGCAGCAGCAGCAGCAGCAGCAGCCAGCAGCCCGCAUCCCCGACAUCGCCCACGAUCAAAGGUGGGUCGAUUGAGCAGUCGGUCAAGCUGUUCCGCGUCUUCGAGUCUCUGCGCAACGGCGACACGGCAGCCAUCUUGCGGGCCAUCCGCGAACAGUCGGCGCCGGGCGACAGCGAGGGAGGCAGGACUUCGCUCCAGCUGCCCACUGCGCGCACUGAGGGCACUUCAAUCCUGCAUCUAGCUAUCCAGUGCGCCGAGCUCCCCGUCGUUGAGUUCGUGCUGUCCAACGCGACGGCCACGCCAGACUCGCCCAUUGAUGUCAAUGGCCGCGACCGCGACGGCAACACGCCUCUCCAUCUCGCAGCCACGCUGGGUCGCGCUCCGGUAGUGCGACUCCUGCUCGACCAGCCGGGCAUCAACGACUCCAUCACCAACCACAACGGCCAGGCUCCUCUGGACCUCGCCCGCACGCCUGACAUCUUCCAGCAGCUGCAGCUGGCCCGCUCCAUCUUCAUCGAUACCAACGUGAAGAGGAUACAGCAGCUGGUGGGUGCUGGAGACUUUGAUACAUUGGAAUCAGUGCUGCAAGAUGCGCGCGUACAGCGCACGCUGGAUGUCAAUGGUGGAGAGAUUGCAACGGACCCAGUUGUCAUCGAUGCAGGAGGCACGCUCCUGCACCAAGCAGCCAAGAACAAGGAUGUGAAGCUGGCUCAGCUGCUAUUGCUGAACGGCGCAGACCCUUUUCGCCGUGACCGCAAGGGCAAGCUUCCGCAGGAUUACACCAAGGAUGACCGCACACGUGCUAUUCUGAAACGCUCGCCUGCUGCCGCUGCUGCUCAGCGAGGCAUUCAAGAGAAGACAAUUCUUGCCGGUCAAGCGCAACCUGGGGCUCCUGCCGAAGGUGGCGUGGGCUCCAAGGAGUCGCGUGAAAUGAAGGGCUACCUUAAGAAGUGGACCAACUACACAAGCGGCUACAAGUUGCGGUGGUUCGUGCUGGAAGAUGGCGUUCUCAGCUACUACAAGCACCAGGAUGAUACCGGUUCUGCGUGCCGUGGCGCCAUCAACAUGCGCAUUGGCAAGCUCUACAUGGACCCGCAGGACAAGCAGCGCUUCGAGAUUCAGGGCAAAUCCUCAGUCAAGUAUCACUUGAAGGCUAAUCACCAAGUUGAGGCAAAGCGCUGGUACUGGGCUCUGAACAACGCCAUCCAGUGGGCCAAGGACGAGGCCCGCGAGGAGGAGAAGCGUGCAACGCAAGACCAGGAAGCGCUGAAGCAGGCUAAGGUUGAGCUGCUCUCUAAGGAGGGUGACUCGUCCAGUCUUAGCAGCUCAAGAAUGACGGGGUCGAGGAACCUGGCUCCUCCAUCCUCCAACAACCUUGGUGUGCCACUCACCAGCCUCGACACGUCUUCGCGCUCCGCUGUCUCGUACACAGAAGACCCUGGGAGCGCAUAUGAACCCAGUUUGGGUGCGCCUGAGUUGGGCAGAUAUGCUAGCCACCUAGGUGCUCCCACAGUUGACGAUGAUGACGACGAUGAUUUCCACGACGAUGACAGCAGCCACGAGGUAAAACCGCACAACAAGGACGCGUUCAACAUCACGGCUCAAUCUGCAAAGCUGCAACUCGACCUGCUGACUUCAGUCUCUUCUGCUUUACAGGCAGAGAAAGCGAAAAAUCCCACGAUGCAAAUUGCCGACCCUGCCAUGCUACAAGCCUUGGCCUCUUACGAGUCCGCCAUUGGCAAUCUCAAGGGGUUGAUCGGAGAUCUGCUACGCAUAUCGAGGGACCGCGACGCCUACUGGCAGUACCGCCUCGAUCGUGAGGCAAAUGUGCGCCGUAUGUGGGAGGAUAGUAUGGCGAAGGUCGCGCGGGAGCAAGAGGAGCUCGAACAGAAGAUUGGCGAAUCCGAGGAGAAACGACGCAAGACGAAGAAAGCGUUGCGAGAGGCCCUCGAAGAGUACGAAGGUCCCGGACCUGCCGCCAAGGAUGUUGAUGAGUUUGUCGAAGCACCUGAGAAUGAAGCACAACAAGAGGACCUAGCCCGGUCAAAGCCAAGGUUCUCGGGUCAGAUCAAGAGGAAAGCCACUCUUGCCGACCUUGCAGCAGACAUCUCGGAUGAUGAGUCGGAAGACGACGAGGAAUUCUUUGAUGCUGUGGGUGCUGGUGAGGUCGAGGUUAUUGAGAUGCCUGGGCUGCACCAGAGUGAAGAGAGGAAACCAUCUGAAGCACCUGCUGCUGGCGCUAUUGGUGACAUCUUCGAACAGAAACAUGCAGAGAUCGCCACAGGGUUCAAGGGUUACGAGGAUGGGCCGCGAAAGAAGCUUGCCAUGGAUGCCGACGAUAGACCCAAAAUCUCGCUCUGGGGCAUCCUCAAAUCUAUGAUUGGUAAGGACAUGACGAAGAUGACUUUGCCUGUGUCCUUCAAUGAGCCCACUUCUCUGCUGCAACGUUGCGCUGAAGACAUGGAAUACACCGACCUCCUGGAUGUUGCCGCCGAGCGCGAAGACUCCAGCGAACGCAUGCUCUAUGUUGCUGCCUUCGCUGCCUCUGAGUACGCUUCAACCAUCGGUCGUGUCGCAAAACCCUUCAACCCUCUCCUCGGUGAAUCCUUCGAGUACGCCAGGCCCGACAAGGGCUUCCGCUUCUUUAUUGAACAAGUCAGCCACCACCCACCCGUCGGUGCUGCAUAUGCCGAAGCAGCAAAAUGGGACUACUACGGUGAGUCCGCCGUCAAGUCCAAGUUCUAUGGCAAAUCCUUCGACAUCAACCCGCUCGGCACCUGGUUCCUACGCCUCCGCCCCGUCGCAACCGGUGGGAAGGAAGAACUUUACACCUGGAAGAAAGUCACAUCCUCCGUCAUCGGCAUCAUCACGGGCAACCCCGUGGUCGACAACUACGGGCCCAUGGAGAUCAAAAACUGGACCACCGGCGAAGUGUGCCAACUCGACUUCAAAGCGCGCGGCUGGAAAGCUAGCUCUGCGUACCAAGUCGUCGGCAAGGUGCUUGGCGCAGAUGGCCGCGUCCGCUGGUCCAUUGGUGGACGAUGGAACGACAAGAUCUACGCACGCUUCACGCCCGGGUUUGAAGACGCAGAUAUCGACAAGGGCGGCAAGGCGAGCAAACACGACGACAACAAAGCGUUCCUUGUCUGGCAGGCGCAUGAACGUCCCACAGGUAUCCCGUUCAAUCUCACGCCCUUCGUCGUGACGCUCAACGACAUCAACGACAAACUACGCCCCGUCGUCGCACCCACCGACACACGUCUCCGUCCUGAUCAGAGGGCCAUGGAGGACGGCGCGUAUGAUUUUGCGGCCACGGAAAAGAAUCGCGUUGAGGAAAAGCAGAGAGCAACAAGAAGGAGGAGGGAAGAGAAGGGCGAGGAGUUUGUGCCGAAGUGGUUUUCCAAGACGAGGGAUGCGACGACUGGCGAGGAGUACUGGGAGUUCAAUCAUCAGUAUUGGAAAGUUAGGGAUAGCGUUGCGAAGGGGGAGACGAGCUGGGAUCAGCAUGGGUUGGAGGAUAUCUUCUAGAGACUGGUAGCUUCUGAAUAUGUUGGUAUUGAAAGGUUGAAUAAUGAAAAAG